UCUCUGAUCCGUUCGUAGUGUCGACGACCACCACUUUGUCUCCGCUGCACGAGUAUCGUCGUCGCUUUCCCUCGAGUAACGAGCGGAUCGUCGUCGUUGUUGUCAACGUUGAACAGAGACCGUUAAUUAGAAUGUUGGGAACGAGGGUAGGGCUAGGUUAGGUAAGGCCAGGCCAAGCUAGGAUCGGUCUAUUUCCCUGUUGAACGGGGAACGCGUAAAUCGAAUCGCGCGACACCCGCCCCGCGAAACGUUUAGGCUAAUUAAACGAGGAGGAGGAGGAGGGGACAAUAUUGAAUCGAAGUAUGCGCAGCUAAUUGGAUCUCGUGUCCGUCCCUUCGUCCCCAUGGCGAUUUAUUCUCCGUUACUUCGAAGUGGAUAACUCAAGUAUCUCGUUUCCAAUCCGGCUAAAUUUAUAGCCACGCUCUCCGCGCGUGGAGAGAGAGAGAGAAGGACAGGUUCCUCGAUCGGGAGGAGCCUGGUUUUCUCCUUUCUGUGGAUUUUCGUGGACGACGAAAUCCACGUUUCGCGUGAUUCGAACGAUGAGAGAGAGCAGCGAUCCCAUCCUCCUCGAGGCGAGCGUCGCUCGACGAUCGACCGCUCCUCCCGAUCGGUUCAUCGAUCUCGUUUCCAUUCCACGCCCGGGAUCAUUCCCGUCGCGCGCUCCUUUCUACCGAUCUAUUUUUAUCUAUUCGCCUCGCGCGAAACGAUCCCUCUUUUCCACGCGCGGGGGCAAUUUCGUAUACACGAAAGAAUACCGAGAGAGGUCUCUCGAUGGCAGAACUCGAUCUCAGAACCGGUUUCUAGCGCGGUCUCGACGUAGACGACGACGUAGACGACGACGUAGACGACGUAGACGACGCGUUCCUUUCUUUCUUUCUUUCUUUCUUUCUUUCUUUCUUUCCCCGCAUCGGGCCACUUUCGUUCUCACGCCGUUAGUUUCUCCGAUACUCCUUCGAAACGAGCGCUCGUAUCCGCCGAUAUUCGCGAGGGAAGGAGAACGCGUAGGCUCUCCACCGCGAUCUCUUCGCCACCGAAUUUCUGUCUUACGCGAAUCCGCGGUGCACGCGUCUUUCCCGACUUUGUAACAAGCUUCGAUAAUAUAUUGGACGGGUAUCUUUAUAGCUUCGAUACACGGUACGAGUCACCGGUAUUAAUAACCUCUCCUCGAAUCACCGUGUAUCCGUGACGACAAAAGCAAACACCGGAGAUAAAUACCGGCAGAUAUAUACAUACCAGUUACCUGUGUCGAGACGCGAAACGAGCGUCGUAGGUAUGGAUAUAUACGCGAUAAGGAUAUAUACGCGGGAAUUCCGGUUAAAAUCCAUCUGGAUCGGCGCGCAAAAGGCUAAUUAAUUAACGCGAUGGACGUGAACGAAGCAACGCGUUACAAAUGAGCUCGGGGAGGGGGAAUUUUUCGUCCCUUUCUCUCCGUUUCGUGGAUCGUUUCGAGCGCGGGGAACGGUUCUUUAAUAUCGUCGUUCGAUCGUAAAUUAUCGUCGUCGGAUCGUGCGUGAAACGUCGUUAAGAUUAUCCUGGUAAAAUCAUCGGGUCUGUCCGCGCCAACCUGCUAAUUACAAUCAUUCCUCCCCACCGACGAUCCCCUCUUCCGAAAAUUAAUUAGAGGAGGGGAGAGAAGGACCGAUGAUUCGGUCUGAAAACAGCAGAUCUUGAAAUUGUGAUCGGGAUAAAGGAAUCUUAUCGUUGGAUUUCGAAGCAAGCGUGAUAAAUCGAAAAAUCGUUUGGAUCGGUACGAGAAAAAUCGGUCGGCCAUCGUCCCUCCCCUCCUCUGUCUCCUCCCCAUUCCCCUGGUGAAUGAACCCCACCCCUCCAGAGAGAAAGAGAGAUAAGACGGAGAGGUGCUCGCCUCGGUUUCGCAAAGUAAGGUUCGAAAAAUGGAUCGGUCCGAAUACCGUGGGCCCCCGUCUCGAUCGUAAAUCGUGGCUCGUUUCGCCGGUGAGCGGCACUCGGCGGUGAGAGUGGCACGAAACGGAACGACGACGCCUCGUCGAGAUUAGCCGGCUAUAAAAUCACGAGGAAGUCGCGAACCACCGGUCCCAGCCGUGUCCUUCGAGGAAUUACGAGGGUAUUCGCACCUCGGGUGAUUAAUCGGCGCGAUUUCGACCGGCAGAUGCUUUUCUCCGACCAUCUCUCUCUCUCUCUCUCUCUGGCUUCCCUCGUGCCGCCACUCGGCACCUCCUCGAGGAACGAGGAGAGGAGGAGGAGGAGGAGGAAGGAGAUCGCAUCGAUGAGAUGGAGCAACACCGAGUCGAGUAAUUUAAAUUAAUUCGCACGAUUACCGGCCCUCGAGAUCGCCGUUCCACGAGCUCGUUACACCUUUAUUGUUAAUGAAGUCGUAUUUGUCAUUAGUUUUUGCCCGUUCCCGAUCCAGCUGGUUAAGCGGCCGAUUUAUCUGGUUAAACGUUCUCGAGAGAUCGGCGGAAACGGGUUCGGUGAGAAACGGGACGAGCGAUCGGCCACGAUUUUUCCACCGUGUUCUCUUUUUCCCCCCUUUCUUUUCUUUCUCUUUUCAUCCUUGUGCGAAACAAACGGAUGAUGAUCUCUCCUCGACGGAAGGAGAGAGAGAGAGAGAGAGAGAGCGAGUGUAGCGACUUUAGACAAUUUAUUUAUUGUAAUCGAUCAUGUGGGUGGAUACGUUUCUAGGCGUGAGCUUGCAAAACUGUACCGCGGGCCCAUUCGCAAGCGGGAACGGCGGUGGAAGCAGCCGUCAACGAUUGCUCGAGCUGUCCCAUGGAUUAGGGGCCUUGAGACACUACAACGACCUGGCCAAUCACGUGCUCUCGUUGAAUCAGCAGGGGGCGGUGGUCACCAAACUUUUGGCUCGUUCUGUUCCAGGUACGCUUCGGCCGCCGGGUUUAAUCGGUGGUAGCAAGCCGAAAGUCGCGACGCCGGCCGUCGUCGCCAAGAUCGAGCAGUACAAGAGGGAAAACCCGACCAUUUUCGCAUGGGAGAUUCGGGAGAGGCUCAUCUCCGAAGGCGUGUGCAGCAACGCGACGGCCCCGUCCGUGAGCAGCAUCAAUCGAAUCCUGCGGAACCGCGCGGCCGAACGUGCGGCCGCCGAAUUCGCGAGGGCGGCCGGCUACGGUUUGUACGCGGCCGGCCCUCACCCGUACUUCAACAGCGGCCAUCAGCACCCGACGACCAGCCACCACUUGGCCGCCGCCGGUUGGCCGGCGCCGGGGGCGGCUGCCCACCCCUGGAUGCUGCCACCGUUGGCUACCGGCAUCUCGGGCGCGGCCUCCGCCCUGCUCCUUCCGCCGUCCUUGAGCCCGGGAGCGGCGGCCGCCUCCGCGUCCGCCGCGCCCGAUCACUCCCUGCACGCGGACGCCAUUGCCCGGGGCUACUUGCAAGACGGUGACGGGGACGAAGGGAGCCUGGACGGGUCGGAGCAGCCGAAAUUCCGGCGAAAUCGCACCACGUUCAGCCCGGAACAGCUGGAGGAGCUCGAGAAGGAAUUCGAACGAUCUCACUAUCCUUGCGUGUCUACGCGGGAGCGACUGGCGUCCAAGACGUCUCUGUCGGAGGCUCGUGUUCAGGUUUGGUUUUCCAACAGACGGGCAAAGUGGCGUCGUCAUCAGCGAAUGAACCUGUUAAAGCGUUCGCCGCCGCCUCCGCCGCCACCGCCACCUCCGCUGCAGCAGCAGCAGCAGCAGCAGCAGCCGCCACCGCCGCCACCACCGCCGCCGCCGCCGCCGCAGCCGCAACCGCAUUCCGCAUCCGGUAUGGAAGUAAACCGUGCGUCGAGCUGCUCGAUCGGCGGGAUGGGGGGAGAAAGUAGCGCGUUCCGGGUCGUGGCGAGCAACUCGUCGUCGUCCUCGUCGUCGUCGUCGAGGGAAGUGAACGAGAGGAUGGAGAAGAAGGCCGAGUCGAAGCAGCCGGAAAGGAAGCCGAGCGCUUUCAGGAUGAUCAGUCAAUUGGUCGGGGAGGAAUCGAACAAGUCGUCGUCGAGCCCGGCGAGCUUGUACGAGCAACGCGAGAGGCACGAGGCGAUCAGGGCCGCCGAGUCGAGGAGCAAAGAGGAAUUGGAGCGCGUGGAGGACGAGGACGAAGAGGACGAGGAGAUCGACGUCCAAGACUCGGACCAGGACGUUCCUUCUUCGCCCACGGUCGGUGCCUGGCGGGAUCAUUGGACCGAGCAGCAACCUUUGGAAUUGACGAAACACGAUCGUUGAAAUCGUCCUCUCCUUUUUUUCUCUCUUCCUUCGAUCCUUUCACAUCAUUAAAAACGCGCGUUGAAUCGAUCGCCCCCUUUUUUUCUUUUUUUACGACACGGUGCGAUUUAAUUGCGCGUGUGUGCGUGCGUGGACAAAGUUGCGUGGACCUUUAUAGAGACGUUAUCCGAGAGAAAGUACGUAGAAAGAAAAAAAGAGAAAGUGCGGGAUUAAUCUCCCCUCCGAUCGGUGGAAAAAGGGCCCUCCUUUUCCACCCUUCUCGAUCACGAUCGGAUCGUCGAACUUGUAAAUUCGUCGCGCUUCGAUUUUUUCGUCGACUUUUUCGAAUGACCGAUGAAAGACCGAUAACAAAAACGUCCCUCGCUACGAAACCUACUCACUACGAUUACGAUCCCAUUUAUUACGAUUAAGAUUAACGAUAAGCGGAAGAUGGUUGUGCGAAAACGUUUAAAGCCCAAAUACCGUGGCCGUGUGUGUGCGUCGUCUGUGGCGCCGCCGUCGGUUUCCAAUUACCGUGGAUUUUAGAUAGGUAAUUAAUCGGUCGGCCGAUACGCAUCGCGCGGGUUGUCGCGUAAUUUGCGCCACGUAUAUUAUAAUUUAUAACAGCAGCAGUGGCACAGGAUCAGAUUCCGCCUGUGUGUGUGUGUGUGUCUGUGUGUGUGUGUGUGGAGGCACGCGAGGAGGAGGAGCAGCAGCGGCGGCGACGGACAGACACCUAUCCGACAACUAGUCCUAGCGAAUCCGUUAUACAUCCGCAGAUAAUGCAGAUUGCCUAGGUACUACUAGUGCUACUACUACCGCGUAGAUAGAAUAGUCGAACAGAUGGUAAUACUGUAAUAACUCUGGAAACAGCUCUGUUAAAAAACUUUGACUUUUAUUUAAAUAUGAAUUCGUUUGUAAAUAUCUA